UAAACAGGUGGUCCAGGAAGACUUUAAAAAAUCAUCCAUCCAUUUUCUGAGCCGCUUCUCCUCACUGGGGUCGCGGGCGUGCUGGAGCCUAUCCCAGCUAUCAUCGGGCAGGAGGCGGGCUACACCCUGAACUGGUUGCCAGCCAAUCGCAGGGCACAUACGAACAAACACCCAUUCGCACUCACAUUCACACCUACGGGCAAUUCCGAGUCUUCAAUUAACCUACCAUGCAUGUUUUUGGGAUGUGGGACUUAAAAAAUUAAUAAAUAAAUUAUAUAUGUUCAAAAGUGUACUACAAAAUCGUCAUAGUCUUAAAAUCAAAGCAAAUAGACGAUUAAAUGUCAACUAAAACGUUUCGUGUUUAGAAGUAAAGGUUUAUUCAAUUAAAUGAGGAUGGCAGAUUCCCGUGGUCUCCUUUCAGUCCUGCUUGUUAUUUACUAAUGGAAUGUGCUGUUUACAAUGAUGUCGUAAUUAGUAUAAAAGCACAGAACUACUGUACAAAAAUAAAUAUGUUAAAUUAAUACCUGUGUGAUGCUGCCAUGGGUUGUUGCUUCCAACUCCCCCUUGCAUGGAUGAGAUUUAUUUGUUCUACAGUCCUUGUCAAGCUUUGUAUUUAAUUAAUGCACAAGUAAGAGUGUUCUAAAGAGCUCCAAUUAUCCAUUCAGUCUCUAGCACAACAAGGACAAUUUUCGGCCAACUUGGCAACCAAACACUUAAACACUGUAUUGUGUUGAUCAAGAGCAUGCAUUCAUGGCCACCAAGCUUGAACGAUGUCUCUAACAUCCACAUUCAUUUUGUUUUCCAUUUUUCUAGUUUACAAUUUGAGCUAUUAUUUUUGGUCCUCCCUACACCGUGACAGCAGCAUGGGCUGAAUUAUUAUUCAUUAUUCUCCUUUAUUCUCCUUUUGGAACAGUUAAAUCCUCGCUCCCUUUGACACAGGUCAGUCUGACCCAGCUAAUUAAGUUCCCCUUGAAAAGACUCCUCACUCCAAAGAUGUGGGAAGCAGGCUUUCUUUCUUUCUUCCUUUCAAACAAAACUCAAUGUGAAGCAAGGCCACGUGAAGACGAAUUGAAGAACUUCCCUUUUUUAUCCUUAUUAAUAAAAAAAAAACAUCUUUGGCUGGGCAAGGGUGGGUUCUUUUUGAGGCUGGUUUGUGACUCAGAUGUGCACUGCUCACUGCUCUGAACGUGCAAUGGUACUUUGGGACUCCAUGGUGCUCGUGUUUCUAGGCAACAAGGAAUAAAGUGAAAGCCUUUAAAAAAAAAAAUCAAAAAAAAAUCAAAUAAAGGAUUUAGAAACUCUUAAACCACAGUGAUUCAUUUAGUUGGAGAGAGUGGCUCAUCUUUUAAAUCUAGUGAAGGAAGCACUGCAUCUCCUCAGACGGCACUGCAACCUGACAGCAGCAUCAGCAGAGCACAAAGGUACAAUGUCACUGCUGGAGGUGCUCACCAUCGGCCACACUGCGGGUUACCCGGUGUCGGCCGCUGUUGCUUUAUUGCUUCUUCUUCUGUUGCUGCUGCUCCUCACCGCCUGGGAACGGACACACUGGUCACACAUACCAGGUCCGCCAUUUCUGGCAGGACUCGGUCCGGUUCUUUCCUACGCUCGGUUUAUCUGGACCGGCAUAGGAACAGCAAGCAACUACUACAACGAGAAAUACGGCAGCAUUGUGCGGGUGUGGAUCAACAGCGAGGAGACCGUCAUCAUCAGCAGGUCCUCCGCAGUGUAUUAUGUCUUGAGGAGCGCACACUACGUCGCCCGAUUUGGGAAUAAAAAAGGCUUGGAGUGUAUCGGGAUGGAAGGGAGGGGAAUUAUUUUCAACAGUAAUGUGGAACUCUGGGAAAAAGUCAGGAGUUAUUUUUUGAAAGCCCUGACAGGACCCGGUCUAAAGAGGACAGUUUCUAUCUGCAUGAGUUCCACAGCAGAACAUUUGGAUCACCUCCAGGACAUGACGGACCCGUCGGGACACGUGGACGCUCUCAAUCUGCUGAGAGCCAUUGUGGUGGAUAUCUCAAACAAACUAUUCCUCAGGGUCCCUCUCAACGAGAGGGACUUGCUGCUGAAGAUCCAAAACUAUUUUGAGACUUGGCAAGCAGUGCUGAUUAAGCCGGAUAUAUUCUUCAAAAUUGGAUGGCUCUACAAUAAACAUCAAAAAGCAGCCCAGGAGCUACAAGAUGCAAUGGAGCUACUUCUUGACUUCAAAAGAAAGACUAUAAAAGAAGCGGAGAAGCUGGAUGACGAGCUUGACUUUGCGACGGAGCUCAUCUUCGCUCAGAACCGAGGGGAGCUCUCUGGCGACAACGUGAGGCAGUGCGUGCUGGAGAUGGUUAUCGCCGCUCCAGACACUCUCUCCAUCAGCCUCUUCUUCAUGCUGAUGCUGCUCAAACAGAACCCAGAAACGGAGCGCAGCCUGGUAGAGGAGAUGGAUUCCGUCCUCAGUGAAAGUGGAGCAGAAAAUGUGGAUUAUGCACAUCUGAAGGUGCUGGAUGUUUUCAUCAAUGAGUCGUUGAGGUAUCAUCCGGUGGUUGAUUUCACCAUGCGCAAAGCUCUGGAAGAUGAUGUCAUCGAAGGCACCAGCAUUAAAAAAGGAACAAACAUCAUCCUUAACAUCGGUCUCAUGCACAAGACAGAAUUUUUCCCGAAACCCAGAGAGUUCAACCUCCGCAAUUUUGACAAAACGGUUCCCAAACGUUUCUUCCAGCCGUUCGGAUGCGGGCCUCGCUCCUGCGUGGGCAAGCACAUCGCCAUGGUGAUGAUGAAGGCCAUCCUGGUGACCCUCCUUUCCCGUUUCAGCGUGUGUCCUCGCCAAGGUUGUACCAUCAACAGCAUCAGGCAGACUAACGACCUGUCCCAGCAGCCAGUGGAAGACGAGCACAGCCUGGCCAUGCGCUUCAUCCCGAGAAGAACACGACGUGCAUACGCUCUCCACACCGACACUGUCGGUUCUGACUACCUGCUCGGCUGAAGAAUCAUUGCACGUUUAGCUCAUUCAUAGCGUGAGAUGAAAAUUCACAGUAAAUUGGCACCGUAAGUUGAGCUGUAACAUCUGGAGGGCCACAUGUAAAGCACUGUAAAUAAUUGUGUUCAAGUUAAAAGUAAUCUGUACUAAAAUACAGUAAUACAUUGUAUGUUAGUAACCACUAACCACCUUAUUUCAUCAAAAUAAACCAGCUCAUUACAGUGGUGCCUUGAGAUACGAGUGACCUAACGUUGCACUUUACAGCAGGCAGUAGUUUGGCAGAUGCUGAACAUUCAUUCAUUUUCCGUGCCGCUUAUCCUCACUAGCGUCGCCGCCGUGCUGGAACCUAUCCCAGCUGACUCAGGGCGAGAGGCGGGGUACACCCUAAAUUGGUUGCCAAUCGCAGGGGACCAUCCACACCUCCGAGCAAUUUAGCACUCUCAAUGAACCUACCAUGCAUGUUUUGGGGAUGUGGGAGGAAACCGGAGUACCCGGAGAAAACCCCCGCAGGCACGGGGAGAACAUGCAAACUCCACACAGGCGAGGCCAGGAUUUGUAACCGGGGUCCUCAGAACUGUGAGGGAGCUGCGCUAACCAGUCGGUCACCGUGCCGCACAGAUGCUGAACAAUCCUUUCAAAAGAGGUUUUUAAUGCCAACCGCUGCUAAGGUUUACUGCCAAAGUACAAAUAAAACAAACUAAAUUACAUUUAAAACAAAACGCAUAACUUUGCCUUUAGCUUAAUGCUAACACAUAAUGGGAAAUGCCAUAGACUGCUAACAAAUGACAACUAUGUAGGCGUGCUAUUACACUUUAAGGAAUGUAUAGUUGAACAAAAUGGUGAAGCAACAGAUGUAGCCAGACAAUAUAACAAAGGCAUACAUUCUUUAUCCUAUGCGAAAAAUGACUAUAUUUGCAGUUAUCGAGUCACUGUCAGUAGUUGUGAAAGUCUUCUUCGUUUGUGUCUGCAUGAUAGUAUUAUACUGCAACUCGAGGAACUGCAGUGCAUUGAUCAUGUCGCACAAACUGUUUACUGCUUUACAUUUUAUUUAUUCUUUUACUAUGACUAUAUGUUUUUUUUUUUUUUAUAAAAGUCAAUAUGGUGGACUGCAAUUUUCCGUAUUAAAAAACAUGACAACAUUUUUUGUUGGGUGGAACUAGAACAGAUUAAUGGCAUUUCCAUUGAUUUCAGUGGGGAAAGAUACAUUGGUUUUGAGUUCCCAGCAUGGUCACGGAAUGAAUUAAACUUGUAUCUCAAGGCAUCACUGUAUUGGAAAUAUUCAUUUAAAAUCAAGCAGCACUAAAUACAAACCCUCUAGGAUUUCUGUAAAUAUAUUGUUUCAUAUAUUGUAUCACAUUACACAUCACAACUGGUUUAACCCUCUGGUGCAUAGCGAUCCUUUGAUCCUGUAAGUCACUGGAUUGGACAUGUCUGUAACUAUGGGGAAAAAAAAUUCUUAUUUUUGGAAAAAAAAAAAAAAAAAUAUAUAUAUAUAUAUAUAUAUAUUUAUCUCUUAAUAAUAAUCUGAAUAAUUUUUUUCUUGUCCUUGGAUGAAUUAAAACACUUCAGAAAAAAAUUGUGACCAAGGCUUUCAUAAUUCAUGCAUCAAAUGGUUAAUACUAACUUUUUCUUGUAAUUACAAUAUAAUUGAAAUAAUCCCAAUUGUCAUCGAUAUACAGUUUGUGACAAAAAAUAAAAUUAAAUCACCAUUCACAAGAUGAACAACAGAAUUGUCAUUUAAUUGAUAUUGUUUAUUUAAUUUUUGUCAUUCCUGUCUGGCAUUGCUAUUAACCUUUGUGUGAACUGAAAACAAAAUGUUUGACAUAAAUUGAUUCAUUUGUCUUACACACGUUCCCACUGCAGACCAUGAAAUGACCCACGAGUUACAAUCAUGUUGAGCUUGAUGAUUUUAUUGAAGUUAGUAUAUGUGCAUCAGGCGCUCUGCAAUCUGAACUAUUACUUCCUUCUGUACCACAGGCACAAACGAAACAUGCCACCAUGGCUUUGGAACAUAAGGCUUUGGGUUUAAGUUUUGCUUUACACAUACAAUGUUUCACCAAAAUAAAAAUACAAAUCUUUUCUCUCA